CUAGUUUGCAAUUGUUUUUCCUCUCAAUUUUUUCUCUUUCAGCCAUGACUAGAAAGAAGGUCAGCCUGACCUACAUCACUAAUGACUCAGCUAGAAAAGCCACAUUCAAGAAAAGGAAGACGGGUUUGAUGAAGAAGGCGAAUGAACUUAGCACCCUUUGUGAUAUUCAAGCAUGUGUUAUUAUUUAUAUCCAGUAUGAAUCUCACCCUGAAGUUUGGCCAUCCCCUUUGGGAGUGCAACGCAUUGUCUCACAAUUCAGGAGCCUGCCAGAGAUGGACCAGAGCAAAAAGAUGGUCAACCAGGAGACCUUUCUGAGGCAGAGGAUUGUGAAGGCCAACGAGCAGCUGAAGAAGCUGAGGAAGGAGAACCGGGAGAAGGAGAUGUCGAGGGUCAUGUUUCAGAGUCUGACUGGUAAGCCUCUGCAGGGACUGACCAUGAUUAUUGAUAUGAACGACCUCGGGUGGCUCAUUGACCAGAACUUAAAGGAGCUUGUUGACAAGAUCAAGACCCGGAAGGAGGAGCUGGCUCAGAGAAAUCCAGUCCCAGUCCUACCAACUCCAGCAGCUGCUGUGCAUGCAGCUGGAGACCAUGCCAUGAACCUGAACAUGCAGGCAACAAGGGAGAGAAGGGAGGGGUUGGGGUUUGACAAGGAUGAAGGAGAAUAG